AUGUUGUCUACUCAAGCGAACUUGAUGGAACUUAUGGAAGCUCAGCUCGAUCAGAUGGCAAAUAAUGCUGCUAAUGACAUCAUUCCGAAGAUGCGUGCUGAAAGCGACCGCAAACUCCGAUCGGUGCGCCCUGAUCUACCAAACAACUUGCAAGAAAGUUCAUUGGAGGUGUUCCAACCUCUUAAAAAAGUGUAAAAAAAGGUACUUCGUGUAAAUGCAGGCGCCCAAAAUCUUAUAAACGUAUUCACUCAAGGCGAGAAUGGUACAUUAUCAUCUAAAGAAGAAAACGAGACAUUCAAGUCUUUUCCAGACUUGUUUGCCACUUGGACGGCUCAUUUUACAGCCUCUUCGCUAGAUAAUGCGGAGUGCAUGACGUACAAGUGCAUUGCUGAUUACC